GAGCCCAAGGAGCUGCCGCCCGUACUGAAGAUGGCGAUCCUGGGUGGGCGUGACUAGUGACGGACCUCCGGGAGCUUGCGGGCCCAUGUCGGCGACCAAAGAACCCAGGCAGGAGGACCCAGCAGAGGAGGAGGAAGAGGUGGACGAAGAGGAGGAGCAGUUUGUUCUGGUGGAAUUGUCAGGAAUUAUUGAUUCAGACUUUCUCGCAAAAUGUGAAAAUAAAUGCAAGAUUUUGGGAGUUGACACUGAGAGGCCCAUUCUUCAGUUGGACAGCUAUGUCUUUGCCGGGGAGUAUGAAGAUACUCUUGGAACCUGUGUUAUAUUUGAAGAAAAUGUUGAACAUGAUACAGAAGGCAAUAAUAAAACAGUGCUGAAAUAUAAAUGCCACACAAUGAAGAAACUCAGCAUGACCAGAACUCUCCUGACAGAAAAGAAAGAAGGAGAAGAAAGCAUAGGAGGGGUAGAAUGGCUGCAGAUGAAGGACAAUGAUUUUUCCUAUAGACCCAACAUGAUUUGUAGCUUUGUACAUGAAAAUGAAGAGGAAGUUGUAGCUCCAGCCUCAGAGAAACGUUUAAAGGUGGAAGAGCAAGAGACUAAAGUGAAAGAUGGUUCAAACCUCAGCUGUGAACAGGAGAAACCCCUGGAAACAGAGGAUUCUGGUCUUCCUGUUGACAUCCCUUCUUCUGAGAUGGAAGGUUCUGUUCUUAUGGAAACUCAAUUUGCUGCCUUAAAAAUCACCCCUAGAUGAAAUGUUCCUCAUAAUAACUAGUAAUGAAUUUGUAAAAAGGCAUUUUCAUAUAAAAUAAUGGCUGUAUAGCUUUCAGUUGCUUC